UCAUCUUCUCGUGUAUCUUUGGUUUUCUUCCCAUUUCUAUAGCAGGUAGCAAACAAAUUAAGCAUGGAGCUCAAACUUGUAUUCUUCCUCGUCUUCCUCUUCUGUAUUUCUGGUGCGAGUUCUAUCUCGCACUAUUUCACCUCGAUAUUUUCCCUUGGAGACUCGUACAUCGACACCGGCAACUUCGUGAUCAUGGCACCUUCCGGUCUGCCAUUGCGGUACGACAAGCUUCCUUAUGGCAUGACCUUCUUUGGCCACCCCACAGGUCGCAUGAGUGAUGGGAGAGUCAUCGUUGAUUUCAUUGCCGAGGAGUUUGAGCUCCCUCUCCUUCCAGCCUCCAUGGCGAAUAGCUCGAGUGUCUCCAAUGGCGUAAACUUCGCCGUCGGCGGCGCAUUGGCGACUGGCAUUGACUACUUCGAGAGGAACAAUAUUGUGUCGUUCAAGCUUCUGAACACUUCUCUGGAUGUGCAGCUGGGUUGGUUCGAGCAGCUCAAGCCAUCCAUUUGCAACACCACUACUGAACAAGCCAAUGGGUUCAAGAAUUGUUUUGGUAAAUCACUUUUCUUCGUUGGGGAGUUUGGGGUGAACGAUUACGACUUCCUGUGGAUGGCAGGGAAGAGCAAACAAGAGGUUGAGUCUUAUGUGCCACAAGUCGUGAGAAAAAUCACCAUGGGCGUGGAGAUGCUCAUCAACCAAGGCGCGAUUUACGUGGUGGUGGCUGGGAAUCCACCAAACGGGUGCGCACCGGCGCUUCUCACUGUCCUCAUGAGCCCCAACAGGACAGACUAUGAUGGCCUCGGCUGCCUUGGCGCCCUCAACGGCGUGGCCAAGCGCCAUAACAUGAUGCUCCGUGUAGCUCUCGGUAGGCUUAGGGGCAAGUAUCCCCAUGCCAAGAUCAUCUUCGCCGACUUCUACCAACCCAUCAUCCAAGUCAUGCGGAACCCUAGCCAUUUCGGGUUCGCAAGCGACGGCCUUCUCAAGGCUUGCUGCGGCACCGGUGGCACCUACAACUUCAACGUCAGCUCCGCGUGCGCCUUACCUGGAGUGGUCGCUUGCAAGGAUCCAUCGGCCUCGAUAUCCUGGGAUGGGAUUCACUACACGGAGGCCAUCAACCGGUUCGUUGCCAAGGGGUGGCUCUAUGGUCCUUAUGCUGAUCCCCCAAUUUUGACUGCUAUCCACCACCAUCACUGAUUUGUUGAGAGCAAAAACCAUGACAUGAUUAAUCCUAGCAGCAUGGUAAAUGUAAUCUAUGGCUGUGAUUAGUUCCCUUCGAACUUUCAAAAAUUCCGUCACAUCAAAUGUUUGGACACAUGCAUAGAGUAUUAAUGUGGACGAAAAAAAACCAGUUGCACAGUUUGCAUGUAAA